UACGUUUCUCGCAAUCAAAAUAGUGUCUGGAAUUGGAUCAAAAUCGAGAAACCCUGCGCAAUGCUCUAAAUCCUCUGUGAUGAUGAGUUCUCCGUAAGAGAGUAGAAGCGAAGAAGAAUCAAAUGAUGGCUCGAGAUAUGAAUUAUCGAAGGGAGAAUCGUGCUUCGAGAUCGUCUCUAUUUGAUGGGCUUGAUGGACUUGAAGAAGGUAGAUUGAGAGCUUCAUCUUCGUAUUCUCAUGACGAACGUGAUAAUGAUGAAGCUUUGGAGAGUCUGCAGGACAGAGUUUCGUUUCUUAAGAGAGUGACUGGAGACAUACAUGAAGAAGUUGAGAAUCAUAACCGCUUGCUUGACAAAGUGGGGAACAAAAUGGACUCCGCGAGGGGAAUAAUGUCAGGAACGAUUAACCGAUUCAAGUUGGUCUUUGAGAAGAAGUCUAAUCGAAAAAGUUGCAAACUCAUUGCGUAUUUUGUAGUCCUGUUCUUGGUUAUGUACUACCUUAUUAGGCUAUUAAACUAUAUCAGAGGGUGAAUUUGGAUGCAAGAAGAAAGUAGUGUUUUACAUGAGAACUAGGUUCGGACCCGCGCUACAGCGCGGUGGAAAAUUACCGGGCUUUUAGUCAUUUGUACGUUGUGGGAUAAUUUAUUUGUGUUUAUUUUACUUUAUUUUGAUUAUUAAUUAAAUUCUAUCA